UGUGUUUUCUGUCAUUGGUGUGGUCCAGCUGCUGCUGUGUCUCUUCGCUCAGGGAUUUAUUUCACUCAGACUUGAGCUGCAUCAGAGAAGUCUGGAGGUGUAGUGAAACCAGCUUCAGAGAGGCUUUCCUCUGAUCUGAUGUGAGCGGUAACGGCUAACACAUCUGACAGACUUCGAGAGGAACAGAGCUCCACUACAUGGAUUUACUUCAAGAGACUUGAAGAGCUUCAGGAGCUCUGAAAACAUUCCCUUUGGAAGCGACUGGAAAUUGAUCUCCGACCCUCGGACCUUAUCUACUCCAGUUUGGAGAAUGGAAAUUUUAACUUCUCCUUAGCAGACGUUAUUUAUAUAUAUUGCAGGCCUAUAUUGACUUUGCACAUUGGCGUCUUGCUGAAACUGUGCUGAAAACAUUCAGAGAAGCACAAACAAAGAUCCAAGGCGGUCAAGAGACGGGCAUGUUGGACGACUCAAAGGUUAAGACCGAGCUGGGUGUCGCCAAGCUCGGGAACGUCCCCGAACCCCUGAAACCACGUCCAUCAUUGAGAACUCCUAAUCCUGAUGAGGAACCCAAUAAUCACACUAUAAAUGGACUUAGCAAUGGCACUUCAUCCCAGAACGUCCCACACUGGACUCAGGCUGAUGACAGGAGACACAGUCUGGCCACGCUAUCUGAGAGCUCGAGGACUUCCACUGAGGUUUCUCUAAGCUCCCGCAGCAGGUUCAUAGUGGAUAAAGAGCUGCAGGGAUCCCGCUGGAGCUGCUGUUUCCGUGCGGUGAACAUGGCGUUCCUGCGCUGUCUGGAGGAGACGCCGCUGCUGGUGUCUGGAUUACUGCUGGCCAUCCUCUUCUGCGGGACCAUCAUCAUCAUCAUCCCCUCCACCGGACGGAGCCUGAGCGUUCACGUGGCAGCGUUUGCAGUGGUGUGUGUGCUGGUGUGUGUCUGUGUGCCUCUGCUGCUGUGUUUGCCGUGUAUGCCGGUGAUUCGGAGAGGAAAAACACCUCUCGCACUCUUCAUCUGGUCCAUGCUCUUCAUCGUGGCCUUCGUCUUCAUCUUCACCGGAGGUGUCGUCACGGCCUGGGAGCAGGUCGCGUUCUUCCUCUUCCUCUCAUUGUCUGUUUAUACGGUUCUUCCUCUCCCGCUCUCAUGGGCUCUGAUCUUCGGCAUCGGGACCAGUGUGUGUCACAUCAUCAUCAUCAGUGUGUAUGUGUCUGUCACCAGCCCUCAGACACAAGACCUGGCCGUGCAGCUGGUGGCGAACGCAGUGCUGUUUGUGUGUGUUAAUGCCGUGGGUGUGUUUCACCUGUGGCACACUGAACACGCUCAAAGGAAGUCCAGCAAGAAACGGGAAGAUUUCAGCAGAAACCGCGCCACACAAGCCAAACAGAAACGUGACCAGGAGCAUCUGCUGCUGUCUGUGCUGCCGCGAUACAUCGCCAUGGAGCUGAAGACGGAGAUCGUCAAACGUCUGUCGGCCAAAUGCAGCACCGAAGAGAACCUACCAAACUUCCACACUCUCUACGUCCGACAACACAGGGACAUCAGUAUCCUGUAUGCUGAUAUCGUGGGCUUCACGCACCUGUCCAGCACCUGCACACCUGAGGAGCUCGUGGCCGUCCUCAACAAACUCUUCGGCAGGUUUGACGACAUCGCCAAGAAGAACGGCUGUCUGCGUAUUAAGAUCCUGGGCGACUGUUAUUACUGUGUGUCGGGUCUUCCUGAUCCGAUCUCUCAUCACGCUCGCAACUGUGUUCAGAUGGGUCUGGACAUGUGCACGGCCAUAAAUAAGCUGAGGGAGGCGACGGAAGUGAACAUCAACAUGCGUGUUGGCGUGCACACGGGUAACGUCCUGUCCGGCGUGAUCGGUCUUCAGAAGUGGCAGUACGACGUCUGGUCAGAUGACGUGACUCUAGCCAAUCACAUGGAGUCUGGAGGAGUGCCUGGGAGAGUCCACAUCACAGAGGAGACGUACGCUCACCUGGACAGGAAAUACCAGGUGGAGGAAGGAAACGGCGGGAGUCGCGCUUCCACGCUGCAGGGAAGGAGAACGUUCCUGGUCAUCGAUCCUUAUGCAGAAAACUCCGACACGACACCGAAGACUCAUGAGCUGAAGGUAGACAGCAAGCCUGUGAACCGUCAGAAGCUCCGCGCGUCGGUUCGGAUGUCACAGUACCUGCAGUCCUGGAACAGCGUCAAACCGUUUUCUGGACUCAACCAACCAGAGACUUCGCUCACAGCCCCGCCCACUUCUAACAGCAUCAGCCAACCACAGCCGUUCAUAGUCAGUGGCACAAACGCUCCAAGAUGUCUGGAAAAUGGACCGGUAGACUCAUUAGACUCUCUGGGAAAUGAAAAGGAACGAGUGAAGCUGAAUAGUGUGACUUUAUUUUUUAAUAAUAUUAAGCUGGAGAAACAGUAUUCGUUAAGUGAAGCCCAGGGGCUUCAUCGCUCUGUCAUAUGUUUGGCCUUCAUCUUCAUCUCUGUGUUUGUGGUUCAGAUGCUAAUCUCGCAAAAAAAUUUUGCGCUGGCGGUGUCAUAUGGCGCCACUUUCCCUGUCCAAAUACUGAUUGUGCUUGUGGUCUUCACUAAAUUCAUGAAGCGCUGGCACUCUAAAUUUCCCCGCAGCAUCUGCUGGGUCUCGACGCUGUUUGAAGGUGUGGCCACCAGGGCGGCGCUGCGGCUGCUGCUGGUGAUUCUCUGUCUGCUCAUCACGCUGCUCAUGGCAGUGCUGAACAUAGUUUUUAUCCCAGGCGAUAACUGUUUAAAUGUUUCCCACAAUACAACAGUACUGAACACUCUCAAUCUCUACACUGUGCCGUAUUAUCUGUACUGCUGUCUGCUGGCGAUGUUGGGUGUGAUUGUGUUUGUGCGUGUGAGCGUGUCUGUUAAAGUCUUCCUCCUGACCCUCGCUGUGGUGGUUUAUCUCGCACUCUUCCUUCACGUUUACGCGCCGCGCUCCGACUGCUACAUCAAACAGCUCUACAGUGACAACAGCACGCCAGGAGUUCUUAAGGAGCCCAAGAUCAUGUCUGGCAUCUGGCUGGUCAUUUUCUAUCUGAUUUCCCUUAUUCUCAUGCGACAGGACGAGCUGGGCUCUCGGACCGAGUUCCUGCUGGAGAAGUGCUUUAAUAAAGAGACGGAGGAAAUGGAGACCACGAAGAACGUCAACAGACUCCUGCUGCAGAACCUUCUGCCAGAACACGUCACAGAAUUCUUCAUCGGCAAAGACAUCCAGAACCAGGACUUGUACAGUAAGUCAUGCGAGUGCGUCUGCGUGAUGUUCGCGUCCGUGCCACAUUUCUUCAAGGAGUUUUACAACGAGAGCAGCGUGAACAACGACGGUCUGGAGUGCCUUCGCUUCCUCAACGAGAUCAUUUCAGACUUUGACGAGCUGCUCAACAAGCCCAAGUUCAGCGCUGUGGAGAAGAUCAAGACCAUCGGCAGCACCUACAUGGCUGUGGCCGGACUAACCAAUCCUGCCAAGACAGAGGAGAUACGAACGUGUGACAAGACAUACAGUCACAUCCGCAGCAUGCUGGACUUCGCCGUCGCUCUGAUGGGGAGACUGGAGAACAUCAACAUGCACUCCUUCAACAGCUUCAAACUGAGGAUCGGUAUAAAUCACGGUCCUCUGAUCGCAGGCGUCAUCGGCGCUCAUAAACCUCAGUAUGAUAUCUGGGGAAACACGGUUAAUGUGGCCAGCAGGAUGGACAGCACCGGAGUCCUGGAUAAAAUACAGGUGACGGAGGAGACUGCACAGGUGGCUCAGAUACUGGGCUUCAGCGUGACUCUGAGAGGAGUGAUCAACGUGAAGGGCAAAGGUCAGCUGAGCACGUACUUCAUCAACACCGAGCAUCUGAGCACUCAACAGCAGUCUGACACAUCAGUGUGACCAGUGUUUCACUGAGGUCCUGUGCAGUACCAGCCUCACAGCCAUGGCUCUACACAAACUCAACUAGUCUGCACUUAGAUUUAACCAAUUCUAGUACUUUUACAAAAAAAUCUUAACUGUAAAUUUUUUGAGGUUUAUGCAUCAUCUGAAAGAUGAAUAAAUGAUCUCUCCAUUGAUGUCUGGUUUGUUAGGAGAACAAUAUUUG